CAACACAAACGCCAUCUUGACAGCACCCUCAAAAUGGCAGAAAGAUGUGAGCUCGAAACCGAGUCCGAACUUAGAUUCUUGCUCAGUACUUUUUAAAAAAAGACACGACAGUUUUUUGGUUAACGAGUGGAUAUGGGGUUGGGGUCCAGCGCGGUAGCUCAGAGGCUGUAAAAUGGAUAUAACGACGGCGGUUUUCAACGCGGCCAGAGAUGGUAAGCUGAAACUUAUCCAGAAGUUGCUGAGCAACAAAACUCCUGAGGAGCUGGAGGCGUUAGCCGAGGAGAAAACCCAGGGAGGAACCCCUCUGUUAAUAGCCUCUCGAUACGGACAUUUAGAGGUAGUAGACUACCUUCUUGAACAUUGUAAAGCUAAUGUGGAACUCGGCGGGGCGGUUAACUUUGACGGUGAGACCAUAGAGGGGGCCCCGCCGCUGUGGGCAGCGUCAGCAGCCGGUCACCUCCCCGUGGUGAAGACGCUUCUAAAACACGGUGCCUCAGUCAACAAUGCAACACUAACUAACUCAACACCGCUAAGAGCUGCCUGCUUUGACGGCCACCUGGAGAUAGUCCGCUACCUGGUGGAACACAGAGCUGACAUGGAGGUAGCCAACCGCCACGGCCACACCUGCCUCAUGAUCUCCUGCUACAAGGGCCACAAGGAGAUCGCCAAGUUCCUCCUGGACCGCGGGGCAGACGUCAACCGCAAGAGUGUGAAAGGGAACACUGCCCUGCAUGACUGUGCUGAGUCAGGCAGCCUGGACAUCAUGAAGAUGCUGCUCAAGUGCAAUGCUCGCAUGGAGAGGGAUGGAUACGGGAUGACCCCUCUCCUGGCUGCAAGUGUCACAGGUCACACCAACAUCGUGGAGUACCUCGCCCACCAGCCUCGCACCUCCAGAGAGGAACGCGUUGAUGCACUUGAACUACUUGGGGCAACUUUUGUGGACAAAAAGAGAGAUCUCCUGGGUGCGAUGAGGUAUUGGAGAAGGGCCAUGGAGCUAAGGCAGCCAGGGGACAAAGCUGUGUCCCUGUCCAAGCCUCCACCUGGUCCCCCUAUCCCUGCCUAUGGCUGUGCACAGGAGGUGAACAAUGCAGAGGAGCUGGAGGCUCUGAUAACGGACCCUGAUGAAAUGAGGAUGCAGGCCCUGUUAGUGAGAGAACGAAUCCUGGGCCCUUCCCACCCUGACACCUCUUAUUACAUCCGCUACAGGGGAGCUGUGUAUGCAGACUCAGGCAACUUUGAACGCUGUAUCAGCCUGUGGAAAUACGCUUUAGACAUGCAGCAGAGCAACCUGGACCCCCUCAGCCCCAUGACCGCCUCCAGCUUCCUCUCCUUCGCAGAGCUCUUUUCUUUUGUCCUGCAAGAUCGGGCCAAAGGCACCCUGUCGACACGCAUCACCUUCCACGACCUGAUGACCGUGUUAGGGAAAAGUGUGCGGGAGGUGGAGAGAGCUGUGGCUCAGAGGGACAACCCUCCUGAAGCUCCACAGUUCACCAAAGCCCUCUCCAUUAUCCUGCACCUCAUCUUCCUGCUGGAGAAGCUGGAGUGCAGCCCUGAGCAGGAGCACCAGAAGAAGCACACUGUGUACCGCCUCCUGAAGCUGAACCCCCGAGGUCGGAAUGGCUUCACCCCUCUCCACAUGGCCGUAGACAAGGAAACCACGUCUGUUGGACGCUACCCUGUCGGCCGCUUCCCCUCCCAGGCGGUGGCGGCUCUGCUCCUAGAGUGCGGCGCAGACGUCGAUUCACGUGACUGUGAGAACAACACACCUCUGCACAUUUCUGCCAACAAUGGUUGUCCAGAGAUUAUGGCACUGCUCAUGAAGGCGGGGGCUCACUUUGAUGCUACAAACGCACAGAGGAAGACGGCCUACGAGCUGCUUGACGAGCAGAGCAGUGGGCAUCCAGCCCUCUACCCACUGAACUACGUCACCCUUCAGUGCCUGGCGGCGCGUGCGAUUGAAAAGCACAGACUGCCCUACAGGGGACUCAUCUCUGAGGAGAUGGAGGCUUUCAUUGAGCUGCACUGACGUCCACUCCGUUCCCCUGAUGAGGCCUCCCUGCACUUCUCUUCUGUUUCCCUUCAUAUCUUACUCUGACCUGCCACAAACUCCUAUCUCUCAUCUUUGUCUCCUUAUGACCCCUGCUUCGCUCCCAGAGUUUUCUACCUUGUGUCAGACCAAACAUUAGCAAUAAACAUCCAGCUUCUGGGCGUAAAUCUCUGCCUGAGAUCUGGUCAAUUAUCGCUUGAUCCCUGGUUUCUUCUGCUUUUUAAAUCUGGGUGAAAGUUUAACCUGAAUUAGGCUUUAAUGCAGUUUCCCUUUUUUCCCCACUAAAAAGGAGACCUGUGGUAUGAUGAUGCUUGUUUGUGCUUGAUGGUGGCUGGGCUGUAUCAAAGAUUGGUUUUAGUAUUACUGAUAGGAAGCAUCUGAUCAAACUAUCCAGAUAACAUGCAUGAAAAAGAAGAGUGGAAGUGGAUGCUCACUUGUGGCUUUAAAGAGUGUGUGAACAAACUAGCUUAAGGUAUUUUUUUUGCUUGUUCACAUUCACCAUCUGCUCUGUUUCUUUGAUAUGGGAAGGUGCUGAAUUUAAUGUGCCAAAUGUCUGUCGUGGUGCUGCUACAGACUGUAAACGGGUGGAAAAUUAAAUGCAAUUAACUCAUCUGUCUUUAUAAGCAGAAGUAUGCACCAAAAGGUGAGACAUAUGUAAGUGAAUAUUGCAUCAGCAGCCUGAACAGUUUGAUAAUUUAGAUUGGGAUGAGACUUGCCAUCAUUUUGAAAGGCUUUAUUGAGAUUAGAUAUGAGUGAUAUCUCUUUGUGACAUUGAAAAGAGCUCAUUGUUUGGCUAACACUUCCCUCAGUCAUCACACAGACAUUUUAAAACUAUGCAGUUCGCUAGAUCCCAAUCAGAGGCAACAUUUUCAAGCCAAAUUUAACCACAUAAAAGGAUUUCACCUGGGGUUCCAUUUUUAAACACUAACCUUAACGGGAUACUGACUCAAAGCUGGGGCUGCUUCGGUGACAAAGAAUCAUAUCUUCUUACUAAGAAUGUUUUCUUCAAAUGUCUGCCUACAACUGAGAUGAACAGUUUUAAACUCGAGCCUAAUGUGUGCCUAAAUCUCCCUUAUCCUCGGCGAAGUCAGCAUCAGCAAAGAUAUUUAAUUCACUGUCGAAGAAUCAGCUUCAGCUGUGAUAAUUACAGAGAUUAAGCCCUCUUGUUUGUAGGUUAACUGUCCAAGAUCAUGUGUCAGUCCUGUUUAUUUAUUUAUUUUUUAUUUUUUUUGGAGUGAAAUCUCCCUUUAAGCCUCAGAUGCGGUUCACAGAAAUGGAACAGAUGGCUCGGCCGCAGCCAUUCCUGCAUCAACGUCUUAUUUUUAAUGGUCUCUCUUUUGUUUAUCUUGUGUCAUCAUGAAUGUUUUAUUUGUCUGUCUGUGCUUAGCACCGCCGAGUUAAAUGCACACUGAGAGGCUCUAAAAUCCUACAUAGACAAACUUCAAACCAGGCCACGAACUGUCGCUGCCUUUCUCUUUCUCAACUCAAUCGUUUAACUGAUGAUAAUUCGAGAACAAAAAGUGUGUUGGGGAUACUUGAAUAAAAUUCAGUGUCACAACAUUA